AUGGUUCUAAUCUAUGUUAAAUCUGGUGAAUGGAUGUGUAGUUGCAGCGACCAGUGGAGUUUCAUGGUAGACAAAGCAAGGCGUGGUCGAAUGAUACCAUUAGAGACUACUACUUUGUUGGAGCACCUCAAGAUCAUGGUGUGUGAGGAUUAUGGCGUGGAACCUGAUUCCGUUAAUGCAGAGUUCAGCUAUGAGAUGGUGGAUCAAAGAGGGAAUCCUCCCAUAAUAAUCAGCAAUGAUCGACAAGUAUCUAACUUUGUGGCCUAUGCGAAGAAGGGUUCGUCUACAACCUUGUGUGUCACGUUCGCUAGUAGCGGUGUAAAUCAAAAGGAACGCGUCAAUAUCGAUUUGAAUAAGGAGCCGUGUGAUUCAAGUAAUGUUGAUGACGAGGAAGAUCCUGACAGAAAUCGAGCAGAGUUUGUCAAAACUUCAAAGGAGUCUUGCGUUAGAAGGAAGGAUCAUGUCGCUGCGGAUGCUUGCGGUGAUGCCGGUUUAAGGAGUGAAAAUAAUGGAGAUAGUGAAAAGGAUGAUCGAACUUGGAGCGGAGAUUUCGUGAAGAAGAAUCAAAUUUUCAGAAAUAAAAAGGUUUUGAAGGCAACACUGGAGAUUUGGGCGAUGAAGCAUAAUUUCGAUUUCAUUGUUAAGAAGUCUACAAAAAAAUGGUGGUAUAUUCGAUGUAAGGAUGCAUUGUGCAACUGGUCUGUGCGUGCGGAAUGUCUGGAUGGGUCUACAUAUUUCAUGAUCAACAAGUGUGAGGCAAGACAUUCAUGUGCUCCUUCAAAGAAAAGCAAAUUCGGAAAGACCGCGUCGGCAAGAACAAUUGGGAGACUGAUACAACAUCGAUUUGAUGAUGCAAAUGAUGGACCCAAAGCAAACGAGAUCAUUAAAUUCAUGAGAAUGGAGCAUAGUUGUGAGAUCAGUUAUUGGCACGCAUGGGAAGUUCGUGAGUUUGCAAUUGCAGCUGCUAGAGUUAGAGGGUUCUACAAUGCAAUGCGUAGGGUGAUUGUUGUCGAUGGAACUUUUCUGAAAAAUAAAUACAAAGGAGUUCUCCUUGUUGCUACUGCUGUUGAUGGUAACUCUAAUUUGUAUCCGAUUGCAUUUGGGGUUGUUGAUUCUGAUUCAUGGGGGUGGUUCUUUAGACAGUUGAGCGUGGUUGUAGCUGACUCCAAGGACUUGGCUUUUAUUUCUGAUAGAAAUGCAUCGAUCGCUAAAGCGAUUGGGACUGUCUACCCUCAAUCAACACAUGGAAUUUGCAUUCAUCACUUGCUGACCAAUGUGGUUAAAUCGUUUAAGGGAAAGGGUUGGACAGCGUUGGUCGAACAGGCUUCAAAGGCAUAUAGGUACUCUGAAUUUCAGGAACGUAUGACCGAAAUUUUUGAUAUGAGUCCAGAGCUCGGGAGAUAUCUACAGGAGGCUGAUGUGCGAAAAUGGAGUCGUUCUCUCUUCCCUAGUUCCAGGUAUGACAUUAGGACCACAAACCCCGCAGAGUCGAUAAAUUCUCUUUUGAGAAUACCUAGAGAAUAUCCGGUUAUUCCGUUGCUGGAUAGUAUAAGGGAAUUUAUGACUCGAUGGUUCUACGAGCGUCACCUGUUAAGCUCGAAGCAUCUUGAUCCUUUAACCGUCAAGGUCGAAAAAAAGAUUGAUAGGAGAAUUGUCAAGGCAAAAGGAUUUCAGGUUUACAAGAUUGACAACUUCAGAUCGCUUGUGAAAGGAGACAUAUAUGAAUGUCAUGUUGAUUUGGAGAAUAGAACAUGCACAUGUGGGAAGUACGAUAUAGGAAAAAUACCUUGCCGACACGCCAUUCCUGCCAUUUAUUCACGAGGUAGAGAAGUACACACUUUCACUGACGUUUUAUACACAACUGCAACUUGGAGAACAGCCUAUUCGGAGUCCAUUAAUCCAAUAGCAGUCCCACAGUCUGAGUGGAAUGUCCCAGCUGAGGUUGACUUUGCAAAACUUUUACCACCAGAGUCAAGAAAGAGUGCUGGUCGACCAGUAAAGAGAAGGUAUGAAACAGUAGAAGACAAGAUCAAAUCUUCUCAAGGAUCAAGCAAGGGUAAAAAGCACAAGUGCAGCCGUUGUGGUAACGAAGGACACAAGAGAGGAACUUGCGAUUUACCCAGUUAG